CCAGUCCAUCCUGGCUGCAGUAUAAAAAAGCUUGGAGCUCCAAUCCUCUGAAGAGGCAAUUCGAUCGAUCCCCAUGGCGGCGAGUUCAACUAAGAGCUUGCUGCUCAGCUGCCUCAUGAUCUCCUUUCUGCACCAGCUCCAGUUUCAACUCCCACAUGUUGCUGCAACAUCGCUCAAGAAAAGCGACGGCAAGGGCAGCCGCGGGAAGACCCUCAGCUUCACGCUGUACCAGCAUGAGACCAUAAACAAGACCGGCUACAUCGUCGUCGACGGCGUGGCCGGCGCGGGCGUCAGCCAGACCACCACGCCCUUCGGCACCGUCUACGUCUUCCGCGACGACCUGACGGUGCACGCGGACAGGGCCUCCCGGGUGGCCGGCGUCGCGGAGGGGAGCUCCAUCACGACGAGCCUCGACGGGCUGCAGAGCCUGUCGCUGGCAAAGAUCACGGUCGAUCACCGGGGCCACCGAGGCUCCGUGUCGGUCCUCGGGGGCACCUAUAACACCAAGCCGUCGGACUACCCUGUGGUGGGUGGAACCGGCGACUUCGCGUACGCGCUGGGCUACGUACGGUCGUCGCCGGUGGACUUGCGGGGACGAACGGUGACGUACAAGAUGGAGCUUCACUUAUAUUGGCCUCCGUACGCCCACUACGCUCCAGUUCCACAGAAGCCUAUAUAGGUGCAAAUAACUCGACAAGUCCACACGCACUAGUCUAGCUAUUGCUACAGCAUACAUGUACGCUUUUUUUUAAUCAGUAUAAUAAAGUUAAAGGGUUCUUUUACGGUA